GAUGUUGUUAUUCUACUGUGCGGUGCACACAGGCUGCCUGUGCAGCGUGCACACGGAAACGACACAAGCAACGGCCAAGGAUUAGAUUUAUCCAAACUCAUGCACAAAGCAUGGGUAACCUAUAUGGUUGGCGACAUAGGAACUGAACGUAACAGGCUUUGGUGUGAAAAAAUGUUAAACCCUGUCGGGAAUUGCACUAUGGUUUUCGAGCGAGACGUUCUUUACAAAAUGGCAGCCAUGGUGCGGGGACGGACUGUAGUCUAUUGGCUUCGCGAUGGAAGGACAUAUAUUUAUUUUCAUAUUAUUCGCAGUCACAUCAUCAACGCGAGCGGUGAUCUGAUCUUGGGCGAAGCAAAUCUCUCCGUAUUGGACCCUGGCGAGAUGCCAAGUAGUGGAACCUAAGUUGCCAUAGAAACGGGAUCUUCCUUCCAUGACGAUGCAUCGAACGACCAGAAUUAAGAUAACUGAGCUGAACCCCCACCUCAUGUGUGUGCUGUGUGGUGGAUACUUCAUCGAUGCCACAACCAUUAUAGAAUGUCUCCAUUCAUUCUGUAAGAUGUGCAUUGUGCGCUAUCUGGAGACCAGCAAGUAUUGCCCCAUCUGUGACGUGCCAGUACACAAAACCAAGCCUCUGCUCAAUAUAAGGUCUGACAAAACCCUACAAGACAUUGUCUACAAGCUGGUCCCUGGUCUCUUCAAAAAUGAGAUGAAGAGAAGGAGAGACUUUUACGCAGAUCACCCUUCUGUAGAUGCUACGACAAGGUCUAAUGAGGAUCGAGGGGAGGUGGCGGAUGAGGACAAGAGAAUCAUCACAGACGAUGAGAUCAUCAGCCUCUCCAUUGAGUUCUUUGAUCACAACAAGGCUGAACAGACCGGCGUGGCUGAGGACCAACUGACUAAAGAACAGGUGAACAAUAAGAGGUAUCUGCAGUGUCCAGCAGCCAUGACCAUCAUGCACCUGAGGAAGUUCCUCCGCAGUAAGAUGGACAUCCCCUGUACCUAUCAGGUUGAAGUGAUGUAUGAAGACGAGCCACUGAAAGAUUACUACACAUUAAUGGACAUAGCCUACAUCUACACCUGGAGAAGGAAUGGCCCUUUGCCGUUGAAGUACCGCGUCAGACCGAGCUGUAAGAAGAUGAAGAUGAGUCAUCUGCAGCAGGAGGGCCAGAACAGCACUGGUCGGUCCGCUGAGAGCGACUCAGCCAGCGACAAAGCUUGCAGCCCUGCCGCUGUCCCCUCCACCUCCUCCUCCUUGCCCAGCCCUGGCACCCCGGUGCAAUCCCCACACCCACACUUCCCCCACAUCUCCAAGCCCGUCAAUGGAGCCUCCACCUCAGCCCCAGCCCCUACCAGACCCUUCCCCUUUGGAAAAAAACCACGGAAGGCCUCGCUGAAUGGUUCUUCUGCAUCCUCGGGAUGACUGGCCUGAAAUCCGGGCCGACAGCCAACGCCAGACCGCUCAGCUAUUAUCUUCAUGCCAAUGUAGUUCCAUUGUUGUAGACGCUCUCUUUUUGAUAUCGUUGUUGUUAUAAAUAUAUGAAAUCUGUUUAAGUAGUGGAAGUGAAGCAUUUCAAUAGGAACAUAGCAGGGAUGUGACAUUAAGUUGGUGAAAGGGAUGUUGGUGAUCGAUGAAUGGUCGGAGAUGAAAGCCCCCAAAAAGCUAUGUUUUAUUUUACAGAUGUGACUGAAGAUGGCCUUUAUAUUAUUUCCUUUAUUUUAAUUAUUUUUUUUCCAUAUCAAUAUACAUGUUGACUCUUGUAAGUGUGUAUUUCAGCCUAUUGUUGUCAGAUAAAGCAUGGUAGAAACCUAUAGGCUUUACUAAUAUUUGAAACGUUGCAUCUAUUGUUCUUUCGA